AUGGACUCACCACUUGGCGAUACCAUUGGUGCUCGGUUGAAUGCAUAUUUGACUUCAGCAGAGGAUUUCAAGAAACAAAGAAAAAGAAUUAAUCGCAAACUUUUACGUUUACGCCAUGAGUUGAAAAUAGUCACCAAAGAUACCAAAAAAUUCAAAGAUAAAACGUCCCAGGUGACGCCUGAAGCAUACGAAAAAGAUGCUAGAUACGGGCUUUUGCUUCUACUUACAGCUGAGAGAGAUCUUAUGUAUUCGUCGGAGAUCAAAAGCACCAUGGAAAUUAGUAAUGAGAACUUAUCAUCUUACCGACAAUUGAUGAUCAGCAAAAUCAAAAAGGCUUUGAUUCAUUGUAAGCGUUUGCUUGCUGUGAUUUCCAACGAAAGCCGCAAGCUGGUAGUGUUGGAAACUUUCGUGUAUAGUGCUUUGGUGCAAGGACUUUAUUCGCUUAACAAGAAGAAGUGGGAGGCACUGAUCCAUGCAUAUUCAGUGGCUCGUUGUGGGUUAGACUACUUUUUGUUGCACGGGGAUCAAACAAACUUGGAGAGAGCUGCCAUUGAGGAAAUCAUGGAUUCUAUAGUCGACCCAUCGUUGACUUUUGCCAUAUCACAAAUGGGCCAUAAUGUAUCUGACAUGAAGUCUGCUGCACGCAAACAUUGCCACGACGAUGUUGUAUCCUUUUUAAUUCCUGCUGUCACGCUCAUUCAAGAUUUGGACAGUCUGUGUGUUUCUGACAUCACCUCAGAAGUAAAUCUCAUCAAAUCUGUUUCAUGGAGAGACCAUGAAGCUACUUUGUACAACGAUGAAUUAUCACUCAAAAUUAUGGAUUUGACACAAGAUGAUAGCUGGAAAGAUUUCCUGUCUGCUGACAGCUAUGACGCCUUCAUUACCGGAUGGAGUAGCGCAUUGGAUCUUCAUAAAGCCGACACUGAAAAAGCCCAUGAUGAAGACGAUAUGGAAGAGGCGCAAAAUAGGGCUAUUGUACUCACCUAUAUUAAUUACAACUUGUUGUUCACCACCAUCAAACGAGACUUGUUACUCAUCAAAGAACUUGGUGACAGAAACUACGGUUACUUGGAAACCUAUAAAGAUAUUCAUCGUUUGUUUUCCAACGUACUCCGUGUCACGGGUGAAAUCAAGGACUUGCCUGGUGUGUACAACGAUGAAGAUCUUUAUAAAAGCUUGGAGAGAUUGGAACAAUUUUUCGAGGCUAAGAAAAUAGUUACUUUGGGAGAUGCUUUUAAUUACAGUGGAAAGUCUCCAGAAGCCUUGGCGAUCUACUCCCACGUUCAAAAAUCGCUCGACCCAACAGGCUCCUACCCAAUUUCAGAGUUCCCCUACGAAGUAACCAGCAAUUCUGAUUACGAGGAGUUUGUUCAAGUUGUCAAUCGUCGGGUUACUCAAGCCCAGGUUUUGGCCCAGUUCCAGCAAACCAAGACCAACAAAUACGGCACUGACAAUAUCUACGAGUACUCAGAUCAUACUAAUGCUGUCAAUCUCAAGCGUGACGUGAUCAUAACGCCUGUUUUAAGCAAGCCGGUGCUCUUUGACAUUGCGUUCAAUUACAUAGGCUACGACUCUGCCAGUGACAAACUGGCCCCCACAGAAGUCACGAUGAAUGAUGAAGAUAGCAAGAAGCGUGGACUAUUUGGCUUCUUCGGGGGCAGAUGA